AAAGCUGUGCCUGAUUACCUUCUGCCUGCAGUAAUGUGCAAGCGGCUGUUGGUGCACGACAGCAUCCUUUUUGGCGCCUUGUCUGUCCGUGAGCUCGUGGAUAGACAGCUCAGGUCAUCAUCUGCUAGCAAAUCGCAUCACGCACUUUCAGAGCCAACUCCGACUAGGCCUAGACGGCGGCGACGACGACGCGUCGUAAUUUGCGCGGAGUUUCUCCCUGAUUUGAUAUUGGCAGGCGUCGGUUUCUGGCGUUGUUCGAUCGUCUGCAAUCGGAUCCUCGUCGUCCAGUUUGUGAUCGACGCCAUAGUAACAGCUGAUGAAGCUGGUAGCCACGAAGAAACUGCCGGGCAGCAGGCUUUCUGGGCGGUCCCCAGCUCUUCGAGGGCUGUUUAGCAAGGCAGGGCCCAUGAACGGUUUUAGCACGGAAGAAGAAACCCAGAGUGGUCACAACCAGAUCUGCUGUCUUCUGGACGAUGCUGACCGCUGCACCCGACCUGCCGGCAAUGCCAGCUACAGCAAACGGAUUCAAAAGACUGUCGCUCAGCGGAAACUCAAGCUCAACAUCGAUCCAAGUGCACGGCACAUCUACAUCUGCGACUACCACAAGAGCGUGAUACAGAGCGUGCGAACCAAGCGAAAGCGUAAGGACAGCGAGGAUGACAACGGUUCCAAUGAACAGGACAUGGACAUGCCUGAAGUAGACCUGUUCCAGUUGCAAGUGAACACCCUGCGUCGCUACAAGCGAUAUUACAAAGUCCCAAUGCGACCGGGUCUCAACAAAGCCCAGCUCGCGGAUACCUUGGCGCGGCACUUCCGCACGAUACCCAUCUCGGAGAAAGAAGCCAUCACGUUUUUCAUCUACAUGGUGAAGAACAACAGGAACAAGCUGGAUCAAAAGAACGGCGCGGAUGGAAGUUAGGGUCGUUGCAACAAAGGGAUAUCCGUUGCCACGCAACCGCAAGGGGUUGCAAUCAUGCCUGUUCAUUCUCUUUGUACAUACCAUACCCUUCAUUCAGCUGUACAUAUUCAGUCCAUGACAUAAGCUUUGUAAAUAAAUGUGAGCCAUUGUUAAUGGUCUUCACAGCACAGAUACUAUGC